UGAAGUACUUUGCUGACCCUAAAUUGCUAUAUAAACAUUAGCUAUUGUUAUUAUAUGACUAUUAACUGGUGAGUUCCAGGAUCUUGGAAGAACCAAAAUUUCAGGACACCCAAAGGGUAAUGGUGGGUUUAUAAAAAUGCUUCAACAUAUUACCAACAACGACUUACAUAAGCAGUGGUAUAAAACACAUCAUUGAAGGCACUUAUGACCAGGAAAAGAAACAAGCCAGUCACAUAACAAGAAUAAGGAAUAACCAACGACAGACCCAAGUACUAUAUAGACAUGAAAUCUUCAGAAGGCCACAGGAAGGCAACCGGUGCGUUGGUGAUGUCUUUCUAGGGAGGACUUACAGAAAGACAUGGACACUGCAGGGUGAAAGGGGGGUGAACAAAGGUUAUGAUCCAGACCAUUGGAGAAAGUUCUUACACCCCUAAGAUUAUGGAAUCAUUAAGAUAUUGAAGGAAGGAUUUGAUAAUAAUAAUAGUAGCUUGUGUUUAUAUAGCUUUUUAUAGUAACGAAGCACUCUAUGCUCACUAUGGCAGACUAUAUCUCCUGACAUGAUGGCAAGAGUGCUAGACUCUUGCUAUGGAAACCUGAAUUCAAAUCUUACCUCUGAUACUACUGAUAUUAGUGAUCAGGUAUAUGACCAUAGGCAAAUGGAUUAACUUCUCAAAAUCAAGUCACUUUUCUGAACCUCUUUUUCUUUUUCUUUUUUUUAAUUCUCUUUUUAAAUUCUGAACUUAAACACCAAACUGAUCAUUUCCUUCGUUGCUGAGUGACAAAGAAACAGCUAUGUACCUGAAGUGGUUGGAAAGUUGGCCUGAUUGUAGUAAAGGAAGAAUCAGAGAUGGAAAGCCAACAUGCUACUGACACUCUUCAUAGCUUACUACAAUAUAAGAUGAAGGACAACAAGGUUCUGCAUGGAUCAAAUGAGAAUCACUCUCCUCAGAAGGAGAGUCAACACAAUCGAGGGGAUAAGGAACUGACUUUGGAGUUAAGAAGACCUGAGUUCAAGUCCUGCAAGUUCAGGCCACUUUCUAAGAUGCUAAUUUUCAAAGGAGGGGCCAAUCUGCUCUGGAAAAAGAAGUUUCUCACUGGAAGUUAUCCUACACUAAGGGAACCACAGGGAAGAGAGUUUUUGCCACCUCUGAAUUUGCCCUCUACAGCAUGGACCCCCCUGGCAAUGGUCUUGGGCCCUGGGGCAACCUUUGCCUGGAAGCAUCACCCAAGUUCAGCACAUCUUGCUCAAGCAGAGCAGCAAUUAUCACAAAUGUUCCUGUAUGGAGGCCAGUGGAAAUACUUGACAGUGCUGAAUCUGCUCUUACAGGCCAUUUUCUACGGAGUCGCCUGCUUGGAUGACGUGUUGAAAGGAAUGAGGAGAAAUAAAGACAUUAAGUGGAUAACUGCCUCCAGAGAUCUUCUCUUCACAACAUUGGCUUUUCCUGUGUCUGCAUUUGUGUUUAUGUCAUUCUGGACAAUCUUUCUGUAUGACCAAGAGCUGAUUUACCCUAAGUCUCUGGAUGCAAUCUUUCCAAAAUGGUUGAAUCAUGCUAUGCACACUGCUGUGUUGCCUUUUUCCCUGAUAGAGGCCAUUCUCAAUCCACAUCGGUAUCCAUCCAAGAAAAAAGGGCUCACUUUAUUAGGCUGUGCUGCCAUUGCCUACAUCUGCUGGGUCCUGAGGAUUUACUAUGUAACCAAAAAGUGGGUGUACCCUAUAUUUGCUCAGCUCAGUCCAGAAGGCUUAGCAGCCUUCUUCUCUGUCAGCUAUGUCCUCCUCGCCUGCAUCUACCUCCUUGGAGAGCGCUUUAACCAGCUAAUUUGGGGUGAUCAAGUACAACAGCUCAUAAAAAGGAAGUGAUUCUGGAUCUUUCCAAUGCCCUAAAGAGGAAGAAGGCUAGAAAAAAUGCCAGAGAAUUAAAUCCUUUGAUCUGGAGGCAACAUUUUGUUUGUCUACUUCUGAGGGCAAAGUCAGUGUGUCUGUUAAGCUAGAUAAAACCUGUAAAGCAGUUGGGGGAUUGGGGAGGGGCUGCUAUGGGCUAAGGCAAAUGGACCAUAUUAAACAAAAGGAUUAGAA